ACCGCCCGCCCUUCAGCGCCCUCUGGUGGGCGCCGUGCGGCAGUGCCGGGGCGGAGCCGGGGCGGAGCGGCCGGGUCCCGGUGCGGCGGGCGCAGCCAUGUCCUUCUGCGCCUUCCUAGGGGGAGAGGUGUUCAAGGACCACUUCCAACCGGGCAUCUACGUCUGUGCCAAGUGUGGCCAUGAGCUGUUCUCCAGCCGAUCGAAGUACGAGCACUCGUCCCCGUGGCCAGCGUUCACCGAGACCAUCCAUGAGGACAGCGUGGCCAAGCGCCUGGAGCGGCCGGGGGCCUUAAAGGUGUCUUGUGGCAAGUGCGGCAACGGGCUCGGCCAUGAGUUCCUCAAUGAUGGUCCCCAGAGGGGCCAGUCCCGCUUCUGAAUAUUCAGCAGCUCGCUGAAGUUCAUCCCAAAAGGCAAAGCAGACAAGGACCUGAAGGAGAAGUAAGCACAACCCUGCUCUGCCUGCGCACUGCUCUUGGGCUCAUCCUGCGUUCACCUUGGGGUGCUCCAUCCAGUCAAGGGGACAUCACCAGCAAGAGAAUGCUCUUGGUGUCCCCGGGCUGGUUCCUUCUCUGUGCUGCUCUGAUUUGGGGUGCUGGGAGGAGCAGGGGGGGGGUAAGGGGAAAAUGGGGGUGCUGGAGCUGUGUGCUUGCUGGCUCGGUUGUGAGCUGCACCUAAGGGUGUUUCACACGACUUGGGGUGACGCAAAGGCUGCAGCCCUUCAUUGUACCCACCCUUACCCCCUCUGUUCUCCCCAGCAUCCCUCUGCCUCUAUCAGGGUCCAUGGGAGCAGCUCAUGUGCCUGACGUGGCACUGAUGCAACCCAGAGCUGCUCCUCUGGCAUUUCCAGGGAAUAGCUCUGGAUUAGCUGAGGUCAAAGUCUGGGUUAAUCCCUGGUGCUAUUCUAGGCUGGGAUCAUGGUAUGAACUGCCCUAUAUAAACCCUGCCAGGGUGCUAGGGCGAGGAUGGGUUUAUGAUCCCACUAGACAGCAGGCAGGUAUUUUACCCCUCAUCUUGCACACAGGUCUCAAUCCCCCACGUCCUCUGGGCUCGGUUCUCACUUGGCCUUACACCAGAUUUAUCACUGUGCUGUGAACUCCAGUGGCACCAAUGGUUCCCCAGUGCAAGGGAGG